AUGGCAAGCCAAGCUGCAUCUAGCGCUUUUAAUGGCAACAUGAAGAAAGCACUUGCUGGCCUCAAACGUAUUAAUCUGGAUGGUCUGCGAUGGAGAGUGUUUGAUGCCAAAGGCCAGGUUCUUGGAAGAUUAGCAUCUCAAAUAUCAACAGUCAUUCAAGGCAAGGAUAAGCCAACUUAUGCUCCUUAUCGUGAUGAUGGUGAUAUGUGCAUUGUGCUUAAUGCAAAGGAUGUCCAUGUUACGGGGAAAAAAAUGACGGAUAAGUUUUAUCGCUGGCAUACAGGGUAUAUAGGCCACCUCAAGGAAAGGAGUUUAAAAGACCAGAUGGCCAAGGACCCUACAGAAGUCAUCCGAAAAGCUGUUCUGCGCAUGCUUCCAAGAAACAAAUUGCGUGAUGAUAGAGAUUUGAAACUAAGGAUUUUUCCUGACAGUGAGCACCCUUUUGGUGAUCGGCCUCUUGAAGCAUAUGUGAUGCCUCCCAGAAGAGUACGAGAAAUGCAGCCUCGGGCUAGAAGAGCCAUGAUUCGAGCUCAGAAAAAGGCUGAGCAACAGGAACAGGGUGGUAAUGAUAAAAGAAAAGGCAAGAAGAGAGAAGUUGAAGCAGAAUUGACAUAG